AUGGAACGUCUUUCAGUUCCACCUGGUUUUGUAUCCCUAACAUCUUUUUUCCUGAAAAAGGAGGACAAGGUUGAGAAAACCAGCAAGUCUGAACCGAUUCCCGCAAAGACUAAACCUGAGAUGGAUGACAAUACUUCAUAUAGCCAGAUUUAUGCACAUCGGCCGUGGAUAGUAUCGGACCAGAACAGAUGCAAAUCUGAGGAAUCUUGCGCAGAGCAUCGUCCUAUGGUUAUGAAUCCCCGUACAAACUCUUCUCGUCCAAAAGGAACCAUAUAUGGAUGUCCAAACUGCAGUAAUUGUUUAAAGGUAACAGCAAGGUGGCAUCCUGAGGAUGCAAGAAAAGAAGUUCUGGAAGAUGCUCCUAUUUUCCUUCCAACAGAAGAGGAAUUCAAAGAUACACUUGGAUAUAUCGCAAGCAUACGUUCCCGAGCUGAACCUUAUGGAAUAUGCCGUAUUGUACCUCCUACGAGCUGGAAACUGUCGUGUACUCUUGAAAAAAAGAAUGUAUGGGAAAACUCUGAAUUUGUUGCUCAAACUCAGCGAAUUGAUGGGCACCAAGUUCAGCAUACACAAGAAAGUAUGGCUAGCUCUCAUGAUACUACCGAAAGCAAGAGAAGGAAAGUGAUUAAAGGAGAGAUGGACUCUCAUGGUAAUAGAAGCACUUGCACCUCAAAUAAUGGAAAUGUUGAAGGCUGUGGCGCCAUACAUCAACAGCAAUGGGAGCCAUCUGUUGAGAAUAUUGAGGGUGAGUACAGACGGAUUGUUCAAAAUCCAACUGAAGAAAUUGAGGUUCUCUGUGGUAACACUUCAGAGGCUGGAGAUUUUAGCAGUGGAUUUCCAAUUCCAACUGUUUCUGACCCUGAAUAUAUGAAAUCUGGAUGGAACUUAAAUAAUAUGCUUUCACUCCCAGGCUCUCUUCUUUCUUUUGAAAACCCUGAAGCUGCACAUAAAUUUUCCCCCAGGGUACAUGUGGGAAUGUGCUUUUCUCCACUUAAAUGGAAAGUUGAAGAGCACCAAUUGUACUCAUUAUGUUUCAUGCAUAUGGGUGAACCCAAAGUAUUGUAUAGUGUCCCAGGAAGAUCUGCUGAUCAGUUUGAAACAGUUUGGAAGAAGCAUCUCGGAGAUAUGAAUGCAGGAAAACCUGAUUUGCAUGAUGAUCUGGCUAUGCAGUUAUCCUGCUCGGUAUUGAAGGAAGAGGGUAUACCGGUAUAUCGUUGUGUUCAGUAUCCUCGUGAAUUUGUUCUUGUCUUCCCUGGAGCAUAUCAUUCAGGAUUUGAUUGUGGUUUCAACUGUUCUGAAGCAGCAAGCUUUGCUCCUCUUGAGUGGCUGCCUCAUGGACAGAAUGUUGUAGAGCUAUAUUGUGAACAGAAGAGAAAGACAUUAAUUUCGUACGAUAAGCUGUUACUGGGAGCAGCAAGGGAAGCUGUGAGGGUCCGCUGGGAAAUUGAUAUACUUAUGAAGAGCACGCCCGACAACUUAAUGUGUAGAGAUGCAUAUCAAAGAAAUGGGAUCUUAAAAGAAACUUUGAAUUCUCGCAUCAGUAGUGAGAAUUUGAAGAGGAAAUUUAUUUCUACUUCUUUCAAAUCAGAAAAAAUGGAUGAAAGCUUUGACGCCAGUUGUAAAAGGGAAUGUAGCAUAUGUCUGCGUGAUUUAUUCCUGUCAGCUGUUGGUUGUUCGUGUUCAGAUGACAAGUUUGUCUGUCUUGAUCAUGCAAGAAAGCUUUGUUCUUGUCCUUGGACAGACAAAAUACACCUCUACCGUUACGAAAUCAGUGAAUUGGAGGUUCUUCAUCAAGCUUUGCAUGGGAAACUAAGUGCAGUCUAUAAAUGGGCCAAAGAAGAUCUUGGUUUAACUGUGCGCUCGAUGGCCUCCAAGAGAUCAAAACAAACCCCAGAGAAAGUAAUUGGUUCAGUAGGUUUAUUGAAAGAACCUAUAUCGCAGUCGCUGGAUCCAUACAACAAGUGGAAACAGCUUAAAUUGCCGACAACACCAAUUGCUUUGGUGGGGAAACAGAGCGAAACGUCCUUCCAAGCCAAGCGGUCCCCUGGUAACGUUCUCAGUAAUUCAAAUGUCAUUCAUCCAAAAAACAACACAACUUUACUUCAUUCAGCAACAUCAAAUGAGAUCAAAGCUAAAGAGAAAAUAGCGGGGCACAAUUCUGCUGCAAAAAGCAUUGGUGAAGGAAGAAGUAACUCUGCUGGAAUGAAACCCGAUAAUAGCAAUGCAAUUGGUGAUAAGCUCACAGUUUCAAAGAAAGUAGAAGAACCAAAAGCUUCUGAAGUUUCAUCAACUCCAGACUCGGGUUUAUUGUCUUUUCUACAAGACGGCAUUUUCGAUGAAGUUUCAUCUGAUAGUACAAGCUCUUCUAGUUCUUCAGAAACUAACUAG